UUCGAUAUUUUCAUAGGUUGAUCAUUUCACAACAAUUGGAAAAAGCAUUGUUUGGUGAAAUACAAUAUAAUUAAUAUUGCAACAAGGGUGCAAUUGGCUCCCCCUUAAAUUGGGCAUCUAAAGCGCCACAAAUCUCAAUUGUCCUCCACCGCGGACACAUCAAAGUCCACCUGCAAUCCGCCGCUGGUCAGGAUUUGGACAGAGGCUCUGCAUACUGCCACAAUUACCACCGAUAUAGAACUUGAUCUCGUCAAGCUGAGUGCCAAUAGAAUGUCGUCACCAUGGGUUAAGAGCAGCGAGCCAGCGCAGCAGGUGAAUCUGGCGGAUAUAAUGUCGGAGCAAUAUGCCCACAAGUUGCACGACAAGGAGCUGCAGCGCCACACGGAGAGUCUAAAAAAACCUAACCAGCAAAUACCACCCGUUUGGGGGGCCGAGGCCUCAUCCCCACCAGCUCCUAGUUCGUUAAGGAACCAAAGCGAUGCGGAGGAAUGGGAGGAUUACUCUGCGCUUCUCAACGACGAAGGACACCUACCGGAGGACAUUCAGCUGCCGGAAGAUAGCGAUGCGGUUAUAGCCCAGCUAUUGCAGUCCCAGUUCGAUCACGAGUACAAUGAGGAAUUGCGUCGCAUCGAGCGGCAGCAGAACAAGCAGUCCAAGGUCACUGUUACCCUCAAUAAGUUCCUACGCGAUGGCGAUGCCGAGUUUUUACAUGACACUGCCGAAGAUGACUACGAGGAGGAUGAAUUGGAGCAACUGAAGCACGACUGGGAUCGGUUUGAGGCUAACGAACGGCAGCUUGACUCUAUACCACGAUGCGGCUUUAAAGUUAACAAGGAGGGCGAGAUGAUAACAAAGCACGAUCCACAGCUCUGUGCCGUGCGUAAUGCUCAGCGGGUGAUGUCCUUUCCACCGGAGUUUCCCACCGGCGAUGCUGCCGGUUUUGACAUGAAGCUCUCGAACAAGGUGUUCAACCAAUUAAGAGCCCAUUCUCGACGAGGUCGCUCGGACAAACAUGAAAAAGUGGCUACCGCAGAGAUGGGAUUGGAUGCGGGCACACGUUUGCUUCUGUACAAGCUAAUCAACAACCAAAUACUGGAGCAGAUCAACGGCAUCAUAUCCACAGGCAAGGAGGCGGUCAUCUUGCACGCCAACUCCGAUGCGAAUUAUACAGGCAGCAACGAGCAUGGUCACCAGAGUGGUGUGCUAGUUCCGCCGGAACUUUUGCCCCGGGAGUGUGCCAUCAAAAUCUUCAAAACCACGCUCAACGAGUUCAAGCAGCGUGAUAGAUACAUCAAGGAUGACUACCGGUUCAAGGAUCGCUUUAGCAAGCAAAACCACCGGGUGAUCAUCAACAUGUGGGCGGAGAAGGAGAUGCAUAAUCUGAUGAGGAUGCAAGCCAUCGGUCUAAACGUUCCAGAUGUGGUUGUGCUGAAAAAGCACGUGCUGGUAAUGCGGUUCAUCGGUGACCAUCACAACGCUGCGCCAAAGUUAAAGGAUGCCCGCCUGAGCGACGCGGAGCUGAGCUGCGCCUAUGAAGAGAUUGUGGCCGCAAUGCACAAGUUGUACAAUGAGGCCAAGCUGGUGCAUGCCGAUAUGAGCGAAUAUAACAUACUCUGGUACGAGGGUAAGUGCUGGUUUAUUGAUGUGGCCCAGAGUGUCGAACCGAAGCAUCCCAGUGCCUUGGAGUUCCUGAUGAGGGAUUGCGGCAACAUUGUUAACUUCUUUGAACGACGCGGCCUGCCCAACAUUUACACCAAGGAGCAGCUGUUCGAGUUUAUUACGGGUCUCAACUCAGAGGUCCACACUGCCGCUCAGCUGGAGCAGAUUCACACGCGUGGCGCUUCCAUCAGCCAAGCCACUGCUCCAAACCAGGAGGAGUGCCCCGAUGAACUGAAACCUUUGGAGUAUCCCUUUGAGCUGGCCUGGGAAAAAUCUCAGCAAGAUCGCGCGGCCCAAAAGGCUCUGCAGGAAGAGCAGGAUAAAAACGAUAACAAAACCGAUACGGAUCAGGAUCAGGAGACCGAUGAUAACGAGAACGAUAGUGACGACAAGGAAAAAGUUAACAAAACUGCCAACCAUUGAAACUUCUAAAGUGUAGACUCAUUUAGUUUAGUUUUUAAUUGAUAUUAACAGUUUGGCCACAGAGAUUCCAUAGCAAAACAAAUGAUGCUUGUAGUCAAGCAACUUGACUAUAAAAGAUCCCUCGAAAAAAGAAUAAAUAGUUUUGAUUUCCGCCUA